AUGGCUGAAGCAGCAGCCAUGCGAGCUGUGCUUGAGGCGCCCGGCGUUAAGGGCCUGGAGGUGCUCCGCCUCCCGUGCGACGACGAUACUAACGAGAAGGACGCCGUCACUGAUCUUAUCCGCCGCAUUGUUGUCACGGCAGAUCCUCCAGUGACGAGCGCGUUCAGCGUGCUAAACCUCGGCAAGGUGGUCGAGCUGUUCGCGGCGUGGCGGCGUGGGCUCAAGGGUGUGCCGCCGUACUACGCCGUCAAGUGCAACACCAACCCGGCGCUGCUCGGAGCCCUGGCCGCUCUCGGCGCGGGCUUCGACUGCGCCAGCCCUGCCGAGAUGGACGCCGUGCUCGCGCUAGGCGUCACCGCUGACCGCAUCAUCUACGCGCCCAUGCAAGCCCGGGCAGAGCACGCCGCGAGCGUCGGCGUUAACCUCACCACCUUCGACUCGAGCGUCGGGGGCGUCGCGUUCCACGUCGGGAGCGCCGUGUCCCGCGUGGGCGUCUACGACGCUGCCGUGGAGGCGGCCCGCGCGGUGUUCGACGCCGCCGCCGCGCGCGGCACGCCACCCAUGCGCAUCCUGGACAUCGGCGGGGGCUUCAAGGCCGGCACCGCCUCCACGUUCCAGGACGCGUGCGACGUGAUAAACUCCGCGCUGACGCACCACUUUGGGGACGUCCCCGGCCUCCAGGUGAUUGGCGAGCCAGGGCGCUAUUUCGCCGAGACGCCGUUCACGCUCGCCGCGCGCGUCUUCGGGAAGCGCACGCGCGGCGAGGUGCGCGAGUACUGGAUCGACGACGGCUUCUUCGGCACGCUGUGCUGCGUCCACGUCGAGAACUACGUGCCACGCCCUGUGCCAGUGUCGAGUCGCGCUGCCGCCGGCGACGGCGACGGCGACGGAGGCGGUGAGAGUGAUGAGACACACCCGUCGACGGUGUUCGGUCCCACGUGCGACUCGUUGGACGUGGUGGUGAAGGGUUACCAUCUGCCGGAGCUACGCAUCGGGGACUGGCUCGUGUUCCACGAGGUCGGCGCCUACACCACCGUGCUGAGCUGCAACUUCAAUGGCUUUUCCGCGUCCGACAUGAAGACCUACCUCGUCUACUCCUCUGUCUAG